AUGCACAUGCUCAUAUAUCUAUUGGUUAUCAUUAUCUACAGUACGAUCCCCAGUCUAAUACGAGGGCGUAUAGAACAAAGCCAGGAGUUAGAAAGCCACAAUAAUUUAUUACAGGCUAUCCUCUGGGAGGAAAGGCGUUUUGAAGAUAUAGAAAAACGCACCCAUGACCGCGUGAUACAAGACAGUACUUUAGAAUGUUGUCCUACACACACUCGGAGAAUAGCCCCUCUUGGGGGUCUGUCUCGGGAUAACAAGUUACUACAGCUCUAUAGAGACACAAGAACGGUGCAAAGGUUUUACGAAAAAUCCUGCUCACCAUUUAUAUUAAACAGAGCAUGUCGAUUUAUAGACAACACGUAUUAUUCAAGAUGCAUUCAAGAUUAUACUUAUAUGUAUGCUAUAGUGAAAGACUUUAACGUGACUCAGCCCUACAGAGUGGAUUUCAUGCGUGUGAAGGCAGGAUGUUCGUGUAGGGUGGAGCAACAGUCGGCGGAAGUGAUACAACUUAAGUGA